AUGGAGAGGACCCUUAUCUGUCUGAUAGUCAUCUUCUUGGGGACAGUGGCCCAUAAAACAAGUCCCCAAGGGCCAGAUCGCCUCCUGAUUAGACUUCGCCACCUUAUAGACAGUGUUGAACAGCUGAAAAUUUAUGUGAAUGACUUGGACUCUGAACUUCUGCCAGCUCCACAAGAUGUAAAGGAUCAUUGUGAACGCUCAGCUUUUGCCUGUUUUCAGAAGGCCAAACUCAAGCCAGCAAACACAGGAAACAAUAAAACGAUCAUCAAUGACCUAGUCUCGAAGCUGAGGAGGAGGCUGCCUACCACGAAGGUGGCCAGAAGGCAGAAGAAGAGCAUAAAAUGCCCUUCCUGUGAUUCUUAUGAGAAAAAAACACCCACAGAAUUCCUAGAAAGACUAAAAUGGUUCCUCCAAAAGAUGAUUCAUCAGCAUCUUUCAUAG